AUGCGAGAUUUGCUGAGACCAAGGAAAUUACUGCUGAAUGGCGGGCGAACACUUCGCGUUGAUUGCCAAGAUAACAAAACAAAACUAAGCAGAGAGGGUAUCAUAACCUCUGACAAGCGAGAUGAUUGGGAGCAAAAGAGAACAAAUAGAAAAAACAAAAAUAGAACGAAGCCAGGUCGUUGCGCCAACGGUACGCCAGGUAUUACGCGCUUGUAG